AUGCAUGCACAGAACCACUCCCAACACAAGCCCCUGGUUCCCAAGCCUCAGGUGCUGCCCCCUGCGUUGCUGCCGCUGUAUCAGCUGCACCCUCCGCAACACCUUAACUCCUCGGCCCAGCAGGGCAACUCGUCUCAGGUGGCAAACUCGUCCCGCCCUGCACAGGCACAAGUGCAGAACCAGAAUGUUUUGCAGGCGCAGGCUAGAGGACAGGCGCACUCACAAACGCAAGCGCAGGCGCAGUCGCGGGGGCAGAUCCAGGCGCAGGGGCAGGGGACGGCAGAGGCGCCAGCAGCAGGGGCUCAGGCGCAAGGGGGUGGGCAGCUGCGGCUGCCUGCCGUGGCAGGGGGUGUGGGGCUGUCAGGGGGAGCGGGGAUGGCAGGGGGAGGGGGGAUGGCAGGGGGAGCAGGGCAGCAGGUGAAACCCCCUAUGAGCGCAGCAGCCAAGCAAGCACAGGCGAGGAUGACACAGGCUCAGCAACAGGCUCAGGCGCAAGCACAGGUGCAGGCACAGCAACAGGCGCAGCAGCAGGCACAGGCACAAGCACACACACAGGCGCAAGCACAGCAGGGGCAGCAGGGGCAGCAGGGGCAGCAGCAGAUUAAUGCGCAACGGCAGCGGUUGCAGCAGCAGGGACAGGCACAGGCACAGCAGCGGACGCAGCAACCGCAAGCAAGGCGAGCACAGGCUGGGUCCCAAAACCCCCUCGAGCUCCCCGCCCUCUCCUCCUCCCGUCUGCCCCGACUCACCUCGCCGCCCCCUCUGCCCAAGCGGCCAGCCGCACAAGUGACCCCCACAGCGGCAGCAAAGGCUGAGAACCGAACCAGUGGUGCGUCCACUGGCCUCUCUGGGGCAGCACCACCUGGGUCAGCAGCACCUGGGCCAGCAGGGCAGGGUGUUGGAUCUCUGGGGAUCAAGAGAAGUCUCGCUGUGCCAGGUGGCGCUAUCGCAGAGUUGAAAGCAGCUGCAGUGGGCUCACAGCAAGCAGUGCCGGGGAGAGGCGCUGCUGAUACCAAGGCUGCAGCGGCUGCAGCAGCAGCGGCGGCAGCGGCGGCGGCGGCAGCAGCAGAGAGGGAGAAGCAGAGGAGACGCAAGCUGCAGAUGAAGGCGCUGCAGGCUGUGCUGUCCCAGUGCUCUGCGGAGUCCUCAAGGGCACACAACCUCCGCCUACAGAGAUUCCGUGAGGCCGACGAAGCUGCAGCUCAGGCUCGGGCCGAGGCUCUGGCUCGGUACACCAGCAAUGCGGAGCUGCUGCAGGAGAUCUUCACCUGUGAUGCCACUCAACUCUCCAGCCUGGCCUCCUGUGCUGCCCUGUGCGGGCGUUCGGGUCCCCCUGGUGCCCCUGGGGAGGGCGAUGCAAGAGGGGAGUGCGAGGGGGGUAAAGGGGAGGAUGAGGUGGAUGCACGAGCGGCAGAGGCGGGGUUUGAGAUGCUUGGUGCUGUGGCAGCUGAUGGCUUUGGAAGGAGGAAUGAGGAAGAAAGUGCUCGAGCUGGUGCUCCUGCUGCUAAUGGUCUCACAAGACCGUCACACUCUAGAGCCGUACCACGUGGUCCUGCUUUUUCUUUGUCAAGACCCUUUGGUGGGUGUCAAGCAGGGGAAGAGAGAUAUGGAGCAGCCAAAGGGGGGGAGCGGUGGGUGCAGGAGGUGGCUGUAAUGGCAGCGGAGUUUGAUCCUGUGGUGAUGGCAUUCACGAAUCAGCUGCCAGACAGGGAGCAGGCUGGAGGGAUGCGUGAGGUGGGUGAGAAGAGGCCCAGGGAAGUGGGGGUGGAGUCAGGAGAGGGAGAGGUUGAGGAGGCUUGGCGUGGCAGGAGGAGGAGCAUGCGCGGUGGGGCGUGGGAUGAUGUGGCGCCGACAGAGCCAGUGCCAACUGUUGGCGCUUCACGUCGCAGAUUGGGCCAAUGGGGAGGCUCGUUUGUGGACGCUUCUGAACCAGUUGUUAUUGACGAUGCGGAGGAUGAGGCAGAGGAGAAGGACGACGAAGAUAAGAGGUUCGAUGAGCUGCUGGAGGAGAGGAACAAGAAGAUGGAUGAGUUUGGGCAGAUUAUGGCAUUAGCAGCUGUAGCAUCGACUGCAACUGACAUUCUCCGGAAGCUGAAGCACGAGAACAUAAUCGAGAUGCUCGACGCUUUCGAGACCCCGCAGGAAUUCUGCGUCGUCACGGAGUUCGCACAGGGCGAGCUGUUCGAGAUCCUGCAGAACGACCAGGCGCUACCCGAGGCCCAAGUGCAAGUCAUCGCCAAGCAACUGGUGCGCGCUCUGUACUACCUGCACUCGAACCGCAUCAUCCACCGCGACAUGAAGCCGCAGAACAUCCUGGUGGGCGCGGGCGGCAUCAUCAAGCUCUGCGACUUUGGGUUUGCGCGCGCCAUGUCGUGCAACACCAUGGUGCUCACAUCCAUCAAAGGCACGCCGCUGUACAUGGCACCAGAGCUGGUGCAGGAGCAGCCGUACAACCACACGGUGGACCUGUGGUCGCUGGGCGUCAUCCUGUACGAGCUCUACGUGGGGCAGCCGCCCUUCUACACCAACUCCAUCUACACGCUCAUCAACCACAUCAUCAAGGACCCGGUGAAGUACCCCGACGCCAUGAGCGCGAGCUUCAAGCACUUCCUGCACGGGCUGCUCAACAAGACGCCGCAGAACCGCCUCACGUGGCCCGCGCUGCUGGAGCACCCCUUCGUGAAGGAGACCGCCGAGGAGAUUAACGCAAGGGAGGAGCGAGCACAGAAGGCGAUGGAGCGAGCAUGCAGGGCAGCAUGGCAUGCACGUGCCAGCACGUUUCUCCCCCACCCGCUCAUGCCCUCCGCCGCCAAGGAGAACGCCAACGCCAACGCUGCACCAGACGCCAAGGCGGCGCCAGCAGCAGGGGGCACGACGCCUGUGCCGUGUACGCCAGGCAAGAAGGCACGGGAGCUGCCUCUGCGCAACAUAGAGGCGCGCACCACCCCCCAGAACCUCAUGCCCGCGAAGGCCCCCGCCCCGCCUGCUCAGCCCGCCCAGACACCGGCGCAGCCGCAGCAGCAGCGGCAGCAGGCGCAGCAGCAGAGGCAGCAGGGGGAGGAGGGGCCAAGAGGGGCGAGAGCAGCGCGAGCAGCAGAGGAGAUGCCGCCUCCGGCUCAGCCAGCAGCCACAGGGAGGAGCCGCCUGCUGAGGCGUUUGGAAGUCAUCCGCUCGUUCCUCCCAAAGGCCGCCUCUGCAUCCCCUGACGCCAUAGCAGCAGCAGCGAGCGCGCUGCACUCCCUGGCAUCCCUCGUCACCGACCGCCACCCCUCCGACCCUCCUCUGGACGCGCGCUGCCUGCACUACGACGUGCUCCCCGCCGUCCUAUCCCUGCUUGACACGUGUCUCGCGGACAGAUCCUCCCGCCUGCAGCCCGUGCUGUGCCCCGCGCUGGCCCUGCUGCGCUGUGCCUUCGCCCUCAGAGCGUCCCUCGCGGGCAGCCAGGCGGGGAAGGAGAGGGAGAAGGAUAGGCAGGGGAAAGGGGGAGGGGCGGGAGGGGGCGGGAAGAAGGGCGAGGAGGGGGAGUGGGAUCGGGAGACGGAGGGAGCGUUUUUGGAGAAUGCUCUCGCGUUCAUCAAGAAAUACCCCAAGGUGCUGGAAGGGUCAGCACAGCAGUCAGGCGAGGCGUGCCACCUCGCCACGGCGUCCCUCGCUCUCCUCCUCGCCGCCUCCUCUGCUGCCGUCCGCGCAGCCUGCCUCCCCGGCCCCUCUCCCCCCGCCCCUACCGCCACCGCCCCCCCGUCCACUGGCUCACAGAGACAGCAGAAGGCGGGGGGAAGCACACGAGACAGGAGCACACGCGGCACACAGGGAGCAGCAGCAGGGGGAGGGGGAACAGGGGGACGGGGAGGGGCAGCAGCAGGGGCGGGCAGUGUGAGUUACGUGGAUACGGAGAUACUGUCAUGCGCACAGGCAGUGGCUGCCACCGAGCACAUGGCCCGCUGCAUUGCCCUCGCAGGGAAGGGGCUUGCCCUAGCUGCUCAAGAGCAGGAGAGGAAGGGUGGAAGAGGCGGGGCUGCUGCCCGGGGUGCCGGCCGGGCAGCUGAAAAGAUUGAUACAGAGGAGGCGGGGGAGUGGCAGCAGGCGAGUCUGCAAGCUCUGCUGGGAAUUUGGGCAGCUGUGGAAGGAAUGGAAGCAGCCAGUGGGGAGUGGAGAAGUGGGGACAGGAAGGGCUUUCCUCUGGCAGUUAUGCUUGGGGGUGCUCCUGGGUGGGAGGGCGUAGAAGGCAUAGGGAAGAAGGGAGGGAAGCUGCGGAGGGCUCUUGGGGAAAAGCUCGAGAAGGAGAGGUUUGUGGGAGAGAGGCUGCUGCGGCGAGUCGUUGAGGUGAUUAUUGGGAAUGGGGCGAGUGCGAGUGCGGCUAUAGCUGCAGCACUGGAGAUGGUGGGAGGGAACAAUGUGCUGCUUCCCAGGCUGCUGCAGCUGCUGCUGCGCUGCUGCCUCUUCUCCCCGUCCUUCUGCUGCCUCAUGGCACGUGCUCCCAUCCCAAACGCCCCCUUCCCCGGGCACGAUGGGAGCAUUAUGUCGGGAGGGGGUUCUGACUCCCUGCUUGCUGCUAUCUUCUCCCUCCUCCACUCCUCUCCCGCUGCUCCUGAAGACGCCUUGCAAUGCAGCGUCCGGGCGGCGUUGGCUUGUCUGGUAGUGGCGGCUGUAGCGGAGGGGUUGGGGUUGAGGGGCCUGCAGGGCGGCAAGUGGGUGCUGACGUCAGACUCGCAAGUGCAGGAGGUCAGGCUGGCGGUUCUAGGGAAACUGGCAGGGGAAGGCGGAUUUGGGGAAGCUGAGGGAGGGAGGGGUGGUGCUGCAGCUGCAGCAACAGGUGGUGGUAGCAGAACGAGAGGAGCAGCAAGGAGUGAAACGCAACAGCAGCAGGGGAUGGGGGUGGGGCCGGGGCGGCCGUCGGCACCAGCAGCAGCGCUGGCGAUGGCAGUUAUAAUGGAGCUAGAACUCGCACAGUCAGGGGAGCGGCGAGGGUCCUUCGGAGGCGGGUCGUGGGGAGGCGGCAGGGCCUCAUUCGGCGGGACCCCUGGUAGCAGCAGCCCAGCAGACGCGCCAGACUCUUCAAACAUCUCCGACCUUGUCCUGAAAUACCUCCCGCCGCUCGCUCUGCUCUCCUCCAAGCUGCGUGUUUCUCACGCUCCGGGGUUUUCCAAGGGGAUGGAGGGGUUUGGGGCGUGUAAUGGCGGGUGGGGGGAGCUGUGGGGGGGCGCGGGGAGGGUGGUGGGGCGGUGGCACGGGGUGCGGGACGGGUAUGUGGGCAUGCUCACUGUCUCCCUGCGCCUGGGGGGGCCUCAGGCGGUUGAGAAAGCACUGGAAGAUGGGUUGCUAGUUUCUAUGAUGAGUGUGCUGGGAGGGGGUGUGGACCGUGUUGGUGGCGGGAAAGGAGGGGGGGAAGGGGGGAGGAGUGGAGUGGGGAAGGCGAUUGAGGGGGAGAGGGCGGCGUGGGCGGCGGGGGAGAGGGGGUGCGCGCCCCCGGACCAUGUGGGGCUGUCACCCACGGGCGUCAUGUGGCUGCUGGCGGGGCUCUACAUGUGCCUGCCUGCCGGAGGGUACCGCGACGCCCUCAUCGGCCCCGACCCCAUCGACAUCCUCCUGAAGCUUCUCGGAACCUUCCACCUAGCGCACCUACAGGCGUGGGACAACUGCCAGGGUGGGCCAUGGGGGGAGAUGCAACUGGCGCAGGGGGGAGGGGAGGGGGGCAGGGGGGGCGCGGAAGGGGCAGGGGGGCGCGGAGGAGGUGGGAGAGGGGGAGGGGGGGCGGAAGCAGGGCAGAUGUGGGGGGAAGCAGCGUGGGUGAUGGAGGGAAGCUUGGAGGGAGUGGCACAGCCGGUAUCACUGGAUAUGGUGGUGGAGCUAGUGUGUGGGGUGGUGGACGUGCUCCUCUUCCCCUUCCAUGCAGUCGUUGCCGGGGAUGCCAUUGGGGGGGCGAGCAGUGCAGGCGGCACUACUAGUGUUGCGCCUGCUGCUUCAGCAGUUAGCGGGGCGGCGGGCGGCAGCAGCGGCAGGUCGGGCGGCAGCGGGGGGGAGAUGGAUGAGCUGUCACGGGCGCUGCUGGCGCUGCAGCCUCAGUACCUGCAGAUGCUGCAGGAGUCCUCAGCCAUCCCAGUGCUGCUGGCGUCACUGGCGGUACUUCAGGGCCCAGCUCUAAUCGGCCCCAUCAACCUGCUGUCACGCGUCGCACACCACUCGCCAGCAGCAGCGGCACUGCUGGUGCGCCACGGGGGGCUGGACCCCGGGCUCAUGGGGAAGCUGUUCGGUAUGGAGGAGCCCGAGGAGGGCGAGGGGGAGGGGGCGGAGGGGGGGGAGGGAGAGGAGGGGCAGGGGUACGUGAUGGAGGUGGUCAUGGACGUGCUGCUCAUCGUCUCCCACCUCUCAAGGCUCUCCGAGGACUACUACGAGCCCAUAGCCACGGCAGACAUCUACGGGGCACUGGAGGUGUUCCUCGCACACCCCGAUGCUGGUGUGCGCUCCAAGGCCUGCAACGCCGUGGGCAACAUGUGCCGCCACUCCGCCUACUUCUACCCCAUCAUGGUGGACUCGGGGAUUCUUUCCCGCCUCAUAGAGUGCUGCGCCGACCAUGACCGGAACACACGCAAGUUCGCCUGCUUUGCAAUAGGCAACGCAGCAUACCACAACAGUUCGUUGUACGCCGCCCUGAGACCAGUCAUCCCACACCUGGCGGUGCUGCUAGCUGCCGAGAGCGGGCCGCCCAGCAGCAGCGACGACAAGAUCAAGGCCAAUGCUGCAGGCGCGCUGGGCAACAUGGUGCGCAACUCAGGGGAGCUCUGCCAUGACCUCAUCUCCCAGGGGGCGCUGCAGGUGAGCAUGAUGGGAGGGAGGGGGGGGAGGGAGGAGGAGAGGAAGGGGUGUGUAUUUGAAAGGGUGCUGGGCAACAUGGUGCGCAACUCGGGGGAGCUCUGCCACGACCUCAUCUCCCAGGGGGCGAUGCAGGUGAGGGUGGUGGUAGUGGUUGUCUAG